AUGGUUUUCGGCAGCCAGAUGUACGACAAGUUUAUUUUAUUUUAUUUCUUUCAGCCAUACAAAUUUGUGCGUAACUACAGUGCCAAGCAGCCUUUGACACUUGAUCUUAUUGAGCAGAGAGUUUUAUUAGUUUUGAGGCUGUAUGACAAAAUCAACCCUGAUAAGUUGAAAGUGGAGUCACACUUCAUGCAAGAUCUGGGCUUGGACUCUUUAGACCAUGUGGAAGUUAUCAUGGCAAUGGAGGAUGAGUUUGGUUUUGAAAUUCCUGAUGGUGAUGCAGAGAAGCUUUUGCGGCCGACUGAUAUCAUCAGAUACGUAGCGGACAAAGAAGAUAUUUAUGAGUAGGACAUAGAAAUUUGAAUGUUAUAAUUUACUCAAGGGUAGGAAGAGAUCAGUGAUCUUUCAAACCCCUAAUGUUUGUUUGGUGACUAUGUUGUGAGGGGGUAUGUAUGAAGUUGUAAAUAUUUGAAGAUUAUGUAUACAAAAACUGUAAAAGAAGCCUCAUUCAUGAUUGGCUUAAAAAUUUCUUUAAUAAAGUGGUUGAACUUGUUACUUGGUUUUGAGACCUGUAAUUAUUUCAGUGUAUAUUCCAGUUUAAUUUGGUUUUAGAAUUGAAAUUAGUUAUCCAAAAGUCACAAUGUUAUUACUCAAAUAGUAAAACUUGAAAAUGGCCAACUCCUCAUCACCAUAGACCAAACUUUUCCCCAUACCUACGAAAUGUAAUUAUUAGUAUGUACAGAUUGAAUAUUAAAGUUCACAUUAUUUAAUA